AUGUUUUUAUUGGUGAACGGUAUUCAAAAAUAUAAUUCUACAUCAACCAGAAACGCAAAAAACCUCGAACUGAUCGACAACUAUAGCAUCAUUCUUCCUAAUGAUAACUACUUAAAAAUCAGACUAAAUCUUAAUUCUAAAGAUUUUGAAAAAGGGAAUUCUUUCGACAAAAAUUGCCUUGGCUUACAACAUUCAAUUUAUCAUCACUUCCAUCGUGCUGAUGUCUGCUUGUAUGGCGUUUACUACUAUGACUACUUUAUUGAAUUAUCCCGAAUGCAUGAUGAUUAUGUUUAUCCACCUGCUAUAAAUCAUUCGCUACAAAUAUACGAAAAAAUUGUAUUGGGUUUCUCACAUCACGUUCAAUACGGCCACUUCAUGCAUGAUAUGCUUUGUCCAAUAAUUUCUAUGCCUGCAGAAAUUUUGAAUGACGCUGAAAUUUUUGUUUGUUUCAAUGAAAAUGAAGCCCGAAAUAUUUUCAAUUUUUUAGGUUUCGACCCAAACCAUGUUCAUGCGUUGACAAAUCAGUGGGUUCAUGGCAUUGAUGUUCAUGCAACAGUGAGUUCUUUUGGCGUAAAUGCGAUGUUCAAAUCAUGGAUUGACUUGCAUCACUUAAUAUAUAAGAAAUACAAUUUAUAUGAUAUAGAACCUACAUUAUUCACUGCAAUUAAUAAGCCCGGGUCGAAUUGGGGCUACAUUGGAAAUUUCGACUCUCUUAUUGAACGAGCAAAGGAACUUUACCCUGAAUAUAAUUGGACUUUAUAUCCAGCAGAAACACUAUUUAAUAUAGAAUUCACAGCAAAAUUAUUAGCUGCUACAAAAUUAUUCAUCUCGGCUCCAGGAUCAACAUGUUUCAACUGUAUCUAUAUGCAUCCAAACACACAUAUCUUGUUCUUCAGCAGACUUCUUCCAGAUAAUCCUGCUUUAGCCAGUGCUUUAACAUUAGGAAUAUAUGUUUAUUCAAUAAAUUCACCAAAUUUAAAGCAUGUUUUCAUGAUAGACUUCGAUAACGGUCUGCAUGAGAUCAUGUAUGUCGUAAAGCAUGGACAGUGGGGAAACGGAGUGAAACACAGAUCGAAACUUCUAUUUGAUUUUUCUUUUUACGAAAAAGGAUAUGAUCUAUAUAGAAAUGUUCCGUACCGAAAAGGGUCACUAGAAAAGUGA